CAGUUAUAGGUAAUAAUGAAAACGUGUGCGCGUUUCUACUAUUACCUACUGUACAGGUUUGUACAAGAGGACAUAAGGGAGAGAGAUGAUACAAAGAAAAUGACGUCGACGGACACGUACCAGUUAAAAUGGCAUUCACACAGCUCACAUUUGAACGGCUCCGUGGCGGCGUUGCUGCGAUCGGAGCGGUUCACAGAUGUGGUGCUGUGUACCAUGGACGGGUCACAGAUACCGGCACACAAAUUUAUCCUGAGCUCGUGCAGCGUGUAUUUGAGCGGUCUGUUCGAGGGUCAACGGUCUGUGACGCGCAUGGGUGGAAUGCUGUAUGUGGUGCUACCUUCGGAGAUCUCGACGAAGGCGUUGAAGAUUCUUGUGGAGUAUAUGUAUAAAGGUGAAACUACAGUUUCAAAUGAAGUACUAGACACAGUAUUAAAAGCAGGCGAAGUACUCAAGAUACGAGGGUUAUGGAGGCAAGCAGACGAGGCUGGAGGGGACUCCACUGCUGCAGAGAAGACAACUGCACCAAUGGCCACGGCGAGUGUGAACAAACAAGUUCUGGCCAAGAAACCAGAUGAUAUGCAACCAAAGAUUGCUGUAAAGAAGGACGACAAGCUGCUGAAAACCUUUGGGCAGGUCCAACAACAGGGUGUCACAAGACCUAUGUUCAUCGGGCCGCCCAAGUUAGUUUUUAUCAAAACCACAGAAGGUGGUACUCAGGCCGCCCUCAGACCUGGUGCACCGAAAGGCCAAACAAUAUUGGUUGCUCCGGCGCAAACGUCAGACUCAACCGCAAUAGCAACCACUGUGGCCGCGCCAGCACCAGUGUCGACUGUGGCAAUAGCUACAAUUGCUGAUGAUUCACCGGACGAGGCACCUCCACCCAGAAUACUGAGGCGGCACGCUGCCGAAAGAAAGUAUGGGAAGAAACAAAGGACAGAAGUGAAUACUGACCCAGAGGAAACAAAAGAAGAUGACAAUCAGGACAACGCCUCUGUGACAUCCAAAAAAUCGACUCAAAGUAAUGUGGAGACAACAGAGGUGCAAGUCAAAGAUGAACCGGAAUGGGAUGCUAGCAGUAUUGAGGAGGAGGAGAGAUCCAUCGCUGAGAUGUUCCAGGCGGAAAUGAGUGUCAAAUCGGAGCCUAUAGAUGAUAUGGAAAUCGAAGAGGAGAGCUUGAUAUACAGCCCGCUGGCAUGCGAGCUGUGCGCAGAGGUGUUCACGGUGCCGGCCGCCUGGGUGCGCCACGUGCAGGGCCACGCGCGCGCAGACCCGCCGCCUGCACGCAAGCGGAAACAUCGCUCCGCUAGUGACGAUACGGAAGAAACUAUGGCAUUGCUACGUUGCGACUUGUGUCAGAAGCACUUCCCCAAUCCGGCCGAGUGGGUGCGACAUAUACAGAGCACGCACACAGAGACAGAAUUGGCCAUAUCAAACAACAGUGCCCCACCAAAACGUCACAAUCGUUUCACAGAGGGCGUGCAAAACAAGACUUGCACGCACUGCAAGAAGACGUUCCCGUCGCACGCGUCCAUGCUCAUACACAUGCGUACGCAUACAGGUGAACGUCCCUUUGUGUGCGGUCUAUGCAACAAAGGAUUUAACGUGAAAUCAAACUUGCUUCGUCACCUGCGCACGUUACACGACCAACUCAUCAGUCCGGCGCAGGUGGAAGACGAGAGCGAGGAGUCCACGCCCGGACCCUCGGAGGUCAAGAGGGAGUCCUGAGGACGCGGAGGGGGGGCAGGAAGAGGACGCGGUCGUCGCGCUCCUUUCAUAGCCACAAUGGCGGAUACGACCCGGCGCGGUGAGAAGAAGAAACAAGCUGAGGCAGCGGCCAGCAUUCCGCGCAAACAGAGCUACUCGCUGUUCCUCAAGCAACGCGCCGUGCUCUUCUCCGCCAAGAAGUGGAAACAGUGAAGCCUUGUCGUCGACUCGUGACAACUUUGUGUGUCGUUCGUUUAGUUCGCUGCCUACAGACGUCACAAGGGAACGUAAUUAUUUCCUAGGAAAUACUCAGCUUGAAAUAUAAACUGAGUGUCGCUAUCUCUGGUCACAUUUUAUUAUUUUCAGUUAGUUUUAUUUAUUGUAAGAUAUUCCAAAGGAAGUUCUAGUCAUGAAAAAUAGUAUGUAUUUUAAAUAAAAUUUAAUUUACUGUUAAUUUACAACGAUAAUUUUAUAAAACUAUGUAAUAUGAAGCACGUGUGCAUAUUGCAAUAAAGCGCGUUGCGAGUGUAAUUCUAUCAGUCAGUAAUUCCUGAGUUUUAGUUACGUAGCGUCGACGUUAUUAAUAAUGACGAUAAACAACAAAAUUCCAAAGAUAGCGAUGUUCAGAUUUAUUACUUAUUGAAGUUUGUUUCCAUCUGAUCAAUCCGACUAGUGGUUCUAAUUAUCGGAUUGUUACAACUAUAAAAUAUGCGGAAUGGAUUGUUUAGAAUAGAUUUGUGAUGUCUCUAGAUAGCUUUUCUUACAAUUGAAUUGGUACUGUAAAAUGUAACGAUGUCGCGUCUGGUUCGUUUCACUUCUGAUCCUGCCCACCCUCCUUUCUUAUUUGUAUUUUAUAGUUACGAAGGUUUGGUUUAGGUUGAUUUUAAUUCAAGUGAAUUAUUUUUCUAUUGUAUAAUCUUAUAGUUUUAGUAGUAUUAAGAAAAUUAUUAAGAAUAUCAUAGUGCUACGUGAUUUGUAAGUCUUGGUAUCAAUCACCCUGGAAACUUUAUGGUGAUUAGCCAUCUGCCUAUAAUUUAUUUUUAAACGUAUAUUAAGAAUGUUAGUAUAAGUGUACACUGUACGUUUUACAUUUAUCCAAACAUUCCAAUUUGCGAUCUCAUAUCGUAAUACUUUAUUUUAAAAGUGAUAAUUUAAGUUAAUGAAAAUUAAUUUACACCAAAUUGUAUACCGUUUUGUACAUUUGUGGAUUAAAUUCCAGAAACGUAAAUUUGGAAACAUAUUAUGUUAGUUUAAGAGUUGUAGCAGAAUACGAAAUUUUAAGUUAAACAUUUAAUUUUAUUUAUAUUAAUUUAUUAUAGGUCCGCCAAAUGACAAAAUGGCAUAAACAAGUUUUAGUACCCUUACUUAGGAAUUACCUACUGUAUAAAUUUUUAGUAUAUCACAUUAGCGUCUAUUUAUUGACUGCAGUAUAAUAACAGAAUUUCCCUGUUCAUAAAAGUCUGUUAAAUACGGUUGCCAUAUUGUGCUAUGUUGUCAUUUGUCGUCCUUAUUGUGCAAUUCCUAUGGAAUGCACUUUAAUUUUCGUUUAAUUGGAUUUGUGGAUUUCCAGUUAAAUACUCAUGUGAAAUGUUAACAUGAUGGAUAAUUUGUACUAUUUUAUAUAAUAGUAUGUGGAAUUAAAUAUCUUAACAGAG